GUUUUUGAAACGUGAAAACUGUCAUGGCCACAAUGUAUGUGUGUGUAUGUUGCUGUUGCUGUCCAAAUGCAUAAUUUUGGCUCCGGUAAACGUGGGUUCUCUGAAAACCCAUCUUCUUCGGAUCUUUGGAUUCACGAAAUGUAUAUUGUGCAAUUGAGCUACGUAUUAGCUUUCAUAUUCAGCAACAUUUAUAUAGCCUUGUGUUUAUCGAAUGAUAAUUACGUAACCAUAAAUGCCAUCGGAACAAAAUAUGAACCUACUUGGGAAAGUUUGGACUCGAGGCCUCUUCCUGAUUGGUAUCAAAAUGCCAAAAUAGGAAUUUUUGUUCAUUGGGGUGUAUUUUCUGUUCCAAGUUUUGGAUCGGAAUGGUUCUGGAAAAAUUGGAAAGACAAUACGAGUGCUUACGUGGAGUUCAUGGAGAGGAACUAUCCUCCAGGAUUCACGUACCAGGACUUUGCCCCUCAGUUCACCGCGGAGUUCUUCGAUCCUGACGAGUGGGCGGAGAUAUUCGAGAAUUCUGGGGCGAGAUAUGUGGUCCUGACAAGUAAGCAUCAUGAAGGCUAUACAUUAUGGCCUUCAGCUUUUUCCUUCAGUUGGAAUGCAAUGGAUGUUGGGCCAAAACGUGAUCUUUUAGGAGACCUUAUGAAAUCAAUUCGUUAUAAAACAAGUUUGAAGUUUGGUUUGUAUCACUCACUGUACGAGUGGUACAAUCCCCUCUACUUGCAGGAUAAGGCGUCUGGCUUUUUGUCGCAAAUUUUCGCCAAAGACAAGACAAUGCCCGAACUCUACGAACUGGUGAACACGUACCAGCCGGAGGUGAUCUGGUCGGACGGGGACUGGGAGGCCCCCGACAGCUACUGGAACUCCACCGAGUUCGUCGCCUGGCUCUACAACGAGAGUCCCGUGCGGGACACGGUGGUGGUGAACGACCGCUGGGGCAAGGACGUGCCCUGCAAGCACGGCGACUUCUACACCUGCACGGACCGCUACAACCCGGGCGUGCUGGUGAAGCACAAGUGGGAGAACUGCAUGACGCUGGACAAGCACUCGUGGGGGUACCGGCGCAACGCCAAGCUGUCGGACUACCUCACCACGCACGAGCUCAUCACGACCGUGGUAGAGACCGUCAGCUGCGGCGGCAACAUACUGAUCAACGUGGGGCCGACGAAGGAAGGCACCAUCACACCGAUCUUCCAGCAGUUGCUGCGAGACCUGGGCACGUGGUUGAACGUCAACGCGGAAGCCAUGUACCCCGCGGUGCCCUGGACGCACCAGAACGACAGCAAGACCUCUGGGGUGUGGUACACGAAGAGCAGUGAGGCGGACGAGGGGUACCCGGUGUUCGCGGUGGUCCUCAACUGGCCGGCCGACGAGCGACUGCUGCUGGGGUCUCCGCAGCUGAGUCCGGGAGCCAACAUCACGCUCCUGGGCACGGAGGGGAACCUCAAGUGGAGCGAGACGGCCGGCGGCAUCCAGGUGCAGUUCCCUCCGCGCACCUCGGUGCAGACCAGCUGGGCGUGGGUCAUCAAGAUGCUGCAGGUCAAGAACUGACACGCAUCUCGGCUGUCUGUUGGUUUUGGGUUUAUACUUUCUUUACUCCUGGUUUGUACAGUUCAAAAUUAAAUUGGUUAUUUUUGCAAA